UGAUACUAUUGGUUGAAGCAAACAUCAGUCAAGCUCAAGCCAUGCUCCACCGCACGAUGCCUCCUCUCCGGCGGCGCCACCGCUGCCGCCUCCUCGCCGCCGUCGUCGUCAUCGCCCUCUCGCGCCCGGCGUGCGCCUUCACCGAACUCGAGUCCGCCCAAAUCGGGCGCUUCCAGGACUACCUCCGCAUCCGCACCACCCACCCGUCACCGGACUACGCGGGCGCCGCCGCGUUGCUCCUCCCCUACGCCGCGUCGCUCGGCCUCCGCACCGCCACGCUCCACUUCACCCCCUGCAAGUCGAAGCCGCUCCUCCUCCUCACGUGGCCGGGCACCGACCCCUCCCUCCCCUCCGUCCUCCUCAACUCCCACCUCGACUCCGUCCCCGCGGAGCCCGAGCACUGGCUCCACCCGCCCUUCGCCGCGCACCGCGACCCCGCCACCGGCCGCGUCUACGCCCGCGGCGCGCAGGACGACAAGUGCCUCCCCAUCCAGUACCUCGAGGCCAUCCGCGGCCUCCAGGCCGCCGGAUUCUCCCCCACCCGCACCCUCCACAUCUCGCUCGUCCCCGACGAGGAGAUCGGCGGCACCGACGGCUUCGAGAAGUUCGCCCAGUCGGAGGAGUUCCGCGCCCUCAAAGUCGGGUUCAUGCUCGACGAAGGGCAGGCGUCGCUGACGGAUGAGUUUAGGGUUUUCAAUGGGGACAGGCUGGUGUGGAGGCUCAUCGUGAAGGCUACCGGCGCGCCCGGCCACGGCUCGAAGUUGUUCGACGGCGCCGCCGUGGAGAAUUUGAUGGAUUGCAUCGAGAACAUUGCUGGGUUUAGGGAGGUGCAGUUCGGGAUGAUGAAGGCCGGGCUGAGAGGUCCCGGAGAGGUGGUGUCUGUGAACCCUGUGUACAUGAAGGCUGGCACACCGAGCCCCACGGGUUUUGUGAUGAAUAUGCAACCCUCAGAAGCAGAGGUAGGUUUUGAUUUUCGCCUUCCUCCAACUGAAGACAUUGAAGAUAUCAUAAGAAGAAUCAAAGAGGAAUGGGUACCGGCUCAUAAAAACUUGACCUACAAGCUGAUGAAGAAAGGGCCAAUGCACGAUUUGGCAGGACGUUCCAUGGUCACACCAACCAAUGCAUCAAACCCUUGGUGGUCUGUAUUUGAACAGGCUAUCAUAUCUGCAGGUGGAAAGCUAGGUAAACCUGAGAUUUUAUCGUCAACCACGGAUUCACGCUUCGUCAGGCAGUUGGGCAUUCCAGCCCUUGGGUUUUCUCCAAUGACGAACACUCCAAUACUACUUCAUGACAAUAAUGAGUUUCUGGAGGAUAAAGUAUUCCUAAGGGGCAUUGAAGUGUAUGAACAUAUCAUUAGAGCACUGAGCUCCUUCAAAGGUUGAUUCAUAUCGUGAAAUUUCUGUUGCAUAAAGUGUACCCUUGAUGUAUUCUCAUGUCAUGUCACAAGAAUGGAGCUACAAGAAGCCACAUCCAUCAAGCUAUAGUUUUCUGGUUCAGGCCCAACCGUACCAUAAUAAACAUGUUGGGACUGGGGAAUAACCGUAAAAAAUAUGUUGUGACUGGGGGAUAAUGUAAAUACGCUCAACAUGAUAUUUUUAAUGUUUGUGUAAACAGAUUAAUUUGUA